CAGAUGCAGAUGACGACGCCAUUAUGUACUCCAUCGACCAGACCUCGGUACAGUAUUAAUAACGUUUUAUACAGAAAUAUACACCAGGUCUCCUUACUGCAUCAAUAAUGUUGUGUAUUUAAAUGAGUGUGUACAGUAUUUGUGGGUGGUCUCUGUUCCAGCCUGAUGCUGCCUACUUCAGAGUGGAUCUCCCUAACAGUGGAGAGGUGAUAUUGGCCAAGCCUCUAGACUACGAGACCAAAACACAACUGGAGAUCACCAUAUCCGCUUUGGAGAUGAACACUGCAGAGAAGUUCAACACCAGUGCCAUCCUGACCGUGAAUAUCUUGGACGGAGAUGACCAGUACCCACAAUUCCUGCCGUGCACGCCCCUCUCCAACGACCAAUCAAAUCGUGUCUGCACCAAUCCCAUCUACAUGGUUAACAUCACAGAAGGCGAACAGGACAUUCUUCUGGACUUCUCUCCCGGGCCAAUCAAUGCUGUGGAUGGAGACAGAGGCCUCAGCACACCUCUCAGCUACAGCAUCCUGUCAGGGGCUGAUAGCGGGCAUUUCGUGAUGGAUGAGCUGACAGGGGAGGUGCGUCUGACAAGAGGAGUAGAGAACAGACUACAGACACCCACACUACACCUCCAAGUCAUGGCGUACCAGAGGAAUGAUCCUAGGAAGUACUCAGUUGCCACGGUGGUGGUCCGUGCUGUGGCUGUCAACCGCUUUCCUCCCCAGUUCAGUUGGGCUGAAUACCGUGGCUUUGUCAUCGAGGGCGACAGCCCUGCCUCACUGGUCAACACUUAUGGCAACACUGUGCUGCUGAUACAGACACAGGACAGGGACUUCUCUGAUGGCAUCAAUCCCAAUAUGCACUACUCCCUGAGGUCCUCGGCCAAUUACACACAGUUCUACCACAUCACACAGGAGGGGCUUCUGAUUGCCAGGACCAAUCAGCUACGGCCAUCACAGACACACAGUCUGAAGGUGYGCUUUAUUUGGACAGAAGAGUAGUACCAGAGAACAACCUAAUUACUCUCUAUUGAGGAUGGACAAGCUGCAUUGGUGAAGCUGAUGUUGAUGACGAUGAUAUCCUGCAGGUAGUGGCUGUGGAUUUGGAGUCAGGUGAAAUGGACACGGCUCUCAUAAAGGUGGAGGUGCUGUUUGAAGGACAAACAGUCCCUCAGGACCAAUUGGGGGAUGGGCUUCUUCCUGGUAGCUGUGCAGUGGGCAAGGCUAUGGGUAUGGUCAUCCUGGGGCUAACUCUGUUAGGCUGCGCUCUGUAUGCACUGCAGCAUGUACUCCAGACAUACAGAGGACUGAAGGACCCAGAGGACAGGGGCUGUAUAGCCCAGGGAAGCACCC